AUGUGGGUCGGGAUAGCAGAGGGGGUCAAAUGUCAACAACUGACUGCAGUGAAGGAUGAAGAGUCCAGUUUAGAAGGCAGCACCGUGACUCUGACCUACAAAUACUCCAAAGCUGCUGCUAUUGAUGACUAUUUCUUCUGGUAUCGACAGCAUCCAGGAAAACCUCCAGAGCUCCUCUUGUAUCACUAUGGAACACAAAAUGAAACAACAGCUGGACUGUCUGCUGCUGUGAGUGAUGAUAAAAAGCAAAUCAGUAUGAAGAUCUCCUCUGCUGCAGUGUCAGACUCUGCUGUGUACUACUGUGCUGUGAGGCCCACAGUGACAGGAAACACAGGUGUCAGCAGUGAAGAACUCACUCCAGUCAACACUGAAGAGUACAGUUUGGUAGAAAACACUGUUUCUUUGUCUUACAAGCCCUCAAAAGUUUCAACAGGAGAUUAUUUCUUCUGGUAUGGACAACAUCCAGGAAAACCUCCACAGCUUCUCAUCUCACACUCCAACUCAGGAACAAUCGUAAUUAAUGAAGAUCCCAGACUGAAGAUUCAAGUGGAGGGAAACCAAAUCACUAUGGAGAUCUCCUCUUCUGCAGUGACAGACUCUGCUGUGUACUACUGUGCUGUGAAGCCCACAGUGACAGGAAACAGCAAAACUCUGUACAAAAACCUGACAGCUCCUCACUGAGGAGGUACAAAACAUUCGCUGAACAUCAGCGCCAUCAAGUGCAUCCUAUUGGCUUCAGAUGAAACUGCUGAAAAUUCUGCUUCUGAAUCUCCAACCUCAGACACUGGGUCCUGAACAUUACUUUACUGGUACUGCCUUGAUAUGUGUCUUUAUGAUCUGCUUGAGAAUGAAGUUCAGUGUUGGAUUGCUGUCAGUGCUGGUAACUCAACCAGAAAUCCAAAUUUCCACUGGUUUUCUCAACAUCACACCUCAGUGUCUUUCUGAUGGACAUCACCCUUCCUCAUGUAAUUUAUGUCCAUUUUCUGAACCAUCAACUCAGUGUUGUUGCUCAGACUGGUCUUUGGUUGGUGACCUCAACAGACAGUAAGUAUGGUCAGCAGACGAGUCUGUGUUUCUUUAUUUGAUAGAAAUCUCUGCUUUUUUAAUGUAUUAUUUUUUAACCAUUUGAUUAUUAAAACUAUCUG